AUGGGGAUUUUUCAUUUACUGAAAUCUUGUGAGCAUCCCGUUGCACUGAAGGCACUCAACGAGUAUCUGAAGUAUAGUGCAAAGCUCGCUGAAGCGAAAACUAAUGUGGAUUUUAUCCGAAACUGUAUUGAGAAUAACCAAUAUCCUAAAUCAUUCUCUAAAUCUCUUCGCCGAUGUAAAGUGCGCCCAAACACGAAAUCUCUCAAGCGAUUCGCUCUUAAUCAGAUUGAAUCUCUCCAAGGAUAUAUUAGCACAUUAGAAAUAAAUAUUCCACAGAGACAGUAUGCUGUCGAUGAACUCCCCAUACAUUUAAAGGAAUUAUUCUUAAAAUACGUCCACGAUGUUUCUAAAACUAGAGAAACUAAAAAAAGAAUCCAGCUUACAAAAGGAUUAGAUACGGAAAUACCAGAAUCUCACUUUCCCAAGGACCCUGAAAGAAUCACUUUCAAUUCUUCGACCUCUUAUUUACUAUCAAUUAUUUCCUGA